AUGGCCGACUUCAACCAAUUCGCCGUUUCUGACGAGGAGAAUGCCGAGAUCAAGAAGUUGACCUUGGAAGUGGAAGCGGAUACCGACAACUUCGACGCCUGGGAGAAGCUCAUCCAUGCUUGCGAGGCUCAGGAAGGCGGGCUCAACCGAAACUCCAGCCCCCAAGCCCUCGCCACCCUUCGCGACGUUUACGACCGAUUCCUACUCAAGUUCCCCUUGCUUUUCGGUUACUGGAAGAAGUAUGCCGACCUCGAGUUCAAUAUCUCCGGCCCGGAAUCGGCAGAGAUGAUCUAUGAGCGCGGGUGCGCAAGUGUAACCAACUGCGUCGACCUCUGGGCUUCAUACUGUUCCUUUAAGAUGGAGACCACCCACACGCCCCAGCUGGUCAGAGAGCUCUUUGAACGCGCUGCCACCUGCGUCGGGCUCGACUUCCUUGCCCACCCUUUUUGGGACAAGUACAUCGAGUAUGAAGAACGACAGGAGGCUCAGGAUAAGAUCUUUUCUAUCCUGCAGCGCGUGAUCUAUAUCCCGAUGCACCAGUAUGCUCGUUACUUUGAGCGGUUUCGUCAGCUUGCCCACAGCCGCCCCAUUCAAGAGCUGGUUUCCGCUGAGGACCUUGCUCGCUUUCGCGCAGAGGUGGAAUCCGAGGCAGCUGCCUAUGGCGGGAUGGCACGGCCGGAGCUCGAGGUGGAACGGGACAUCCGGGCCAAGAUCGACAGCAUGUACUACGAAAUCUUCCAACGCACCCAAGAUGAGACGACCAAGCGAUGGACUUACGAGUCGGAAGUCAAGCGACCUUACUUCCACGUUACGGAAUUAGAGAAUUCGCAGGUAACCAACUGGCGGAAAUAUCUGGACUUCGAAGAAGGCGAGGGCGACUUUGCGCGGAUCACAUUCCUGUACGAGCGCUCGGUGAUCACCUGUGCUCUCUACGACGAGUUCUGGUUCCGCUAUGCUCGAUGGAUGUCGGCUCAACCUGGCAAAGAGGAAGAAGUCCGUCAUAUCUACAUGCGAGCAGCCACACUGUUCGUGCCCGUCAGCAGACCUGGCAUCCGUCUUCAGUUCGCUUACUUUGAAGAAUCGUGUGGCCGCAUCGGCGUUGCGCGGGAAAUCCACGAGGCCGUAUUGAUGCAACUUCCCGACUCUGUUGAGGCGAUUGUGUCUUGGGCAAACCUCGAAAGACGGCAAAGCGGGAUUGACGCCGCGAUCCAAGUCUACAAGGCGCAGAUCGAUGCGCCGCAUGUCAACAUCUUCACCAAGGCAGUCUUGGUCACCCGUUGGGCAACCCUGCUGUGGAAGGUCAAGGGGUCGGUGGACGAAGCGCGCACGGUGUUCGCGAAGAAUGUUCAGUGGUACGCAGACAGCCGCCACUUCUGGGAAACAUGGCUCGGAUUUGAACUGGAGCAGCCCACGAACUUGGAGCUGGAGUCCCAACAUGCGGAACGCAUCAAGCACAUCUUUGAUGAGCUGAUGGCGAAGAGCCGGAUCUCCGCGGCGGCGAAGAAGGAGCUUUGCUUGACAUACCUCGGCUACCUCCAAGAUCGUGGCGACAAGGAUGCGAUGAAACAGUUCCUAACGAUCGAUCGCGAGAUCUAUGGUCCGUCUUCAUUAUCAGUUCUCGAUAAGCCUGUUUUCAAGGAGAACGGCGCACCGAGAGGCCUGAUGGAUGAAGCCACUAGACUCAAGGCCGAGAGCAGAUACCCGACUUACUACGAGUACUACCAAGAAGAGCCUGAGUCCAGCGCGCAAGGCACGGCUCCCUUCCAGUAG